AUGCUGCAACAAAUCCUGCAGGAUGCAUACAUUGACCCAGAGUUGCUUGCUGAGCUCAGUGAUGUGCAAAAGCACAUUCUUUUCUAUAAAAUUCGAGAGGAGCAACUGAGGCGCUGGAGGGAGCAUGAGGCCCAGGAGACCCUGGCCCAAGUGGAGGGCCAGCAGCCCCCCAAGACCAAGCAAGUGAGUGACAAACACAUCCAGUGGCUCCUAGGGGCAGAUGGUGAGGUCUGGGUCUGGAUCAUGGGAGAGGCUCCUGGUGACAAGCCCUAUGAAGAGAUCUCUGAAGAGCUGAUCACAGAACGGGCACGGCUGCAGGCACAGAAGGAGGCUGAGGAACUAUGGAGGCAAAAGGAGGCAGAGAUCACUAAGAAGUUCUGGGAUGCACUGACCAAUGAGAAAGCUCGGAUUCUGGCUGAGAAGUGGAAGGUGGAGAUGGAGGAUCGCAAGGCUGCCAAAAUUCUGGAGGAGCAGAUCCAUGAGGAGUUCAAGAGAAAAGAAGAAGAGGAGAGAAAAAAACAAGAAGAGCAGAUCCGCUUCCAGGAAGAACUUAGGGCCAAAGAGCUCUACCGGACCCUGAAGCAGGCCCAGAUGCAGAGGCAUGCCAGUGAGAAGGAGCAGCAUGAGUGGGAAGAGCAGUUACGCCGCUCCAAGGCAAUGGAUGAGGAAAGAAGCCAUUGUGCUCAGCAUGCCCGGGAUGAGUAUCAGCGCCAUUCACUCCAUGCUAUCCAGAAGGGCACAGUUGCGGGUCUCAGUUCCAUGUUCCAGGAGCUAGGCCAGAGCCACAAGGAAGAGACAAGACCCUACCACUACCACCCAGACCCUGGCCCAUUGCUGCCCCUCAAGAUUCCAGUUAGAGCAUGGGAACGCCCUCUGCGUCCUGUUUCCAGAGCAGUCAUUGUCCGAUGGUUUCAGGAGGAACAGCUGCCUCGCAGAGCUGGCUUUGAGAGGAAUGCUACAUCCAUCGCCCCCUGGUUCCACGGUAUUAUUUCCAGAGAAGAUUCAGAAGAUCUGCUUGAAAGCAUGACAGAGGGAGCAUUUCUGGUCCGGGUCAGUGAUAAAAUCUGGGGUUAUACCCUCUCCUACCGCCUUCAGAAAGGGUUCAAGCACUUUCUCGUGGAUGCUUCUGGGGACUUUUAUAGCUUCCUGGGAUUGGACCCCAAUCGUCAUGCCACACUCACAGAUCUCAUUGAUUUUCACAAGGAGGAAGUUAUCACUGUUUCAGGGGGAGAAUUGCUGCAAGAACCCUGUGGACAGAGAGAUAGUCCACCUGACUACCAUCUUUUGUUUGAAUGA